GCCGUUCUUCCGUCACUGGCAUUGGAUCGUGCUGCUGGUUGGAUGGGCUGGGAUCAUCUUCUUGCUGGGGGUUGCGAUAAGGAUGGGAGAGUUCAAGAAUCGAUCCUGCAGGAUGUGCCCUGUGACAUGGCUUCUGCGUGAUGACAAAUGCUACUGGUUUUCUAAUACCAUCUGGACCUGGAACCAAAGCUACGGGGACUGUUUGGCAAGAAGAUCUCAGCUACUAGUGAUUUCUAAUACAGGAGAGCAGAAAUUCAUCCAGGACGCAAUAACGUCUACAAAAAUAUGGAUUGGACUCAAAGUCAACCUGCCAGAGAAGAAGUGGAUGUGGAUCGACGGCUCUCCAUUAAACCACACAUUGUGAGUAUUCGAAUACCCAUGGAAGAAAACUUCUGUAAUGUAGUGUUUUUUGCAGAAAAAAAAGUAAAAC